AUGCAGAGCCUGAGUUGUGUCGCCCAGAGCGGAGCUCUUCUAGCCAGCAUCAGCCUGCUGUUAAUAACAAAUGGAGUGAAUGGACUAGUAACCUCUGGGUUGAGCAAUUAUUCGUUUCCUGACAAUUUUAUGUUGGGAGUCGCGACGGCUGCAUUUCAAAUAGAAGGUGCUUGGAAUGAGGGAGGUAAAGGUGAGAGUAUGUGGGACACAUUUCUGCACAAGAAUCCCGACUUCACGCUGGACCGAUCUAAUGGUGACGUAGCGGCGGACUCAUACCACAAGUACAAACAAGACAUAAUCAUGGUACAAUCUCUUGGUGUCAAGUAUUACCGCCUCUCAAUAUCAUGGCCAAGGAUAUUACCAAAGGGCACAGAUAACUAUAUCAAUAAAGAGGGUGUACGAUAUUAUCGAAGGCUUUUCAAAGAACUGCGGAAAGCUAAAAUAAAUCCAGUUGUUACGCUCUUCCAUUGGGAUUUGCCGACUCCGCUGAUGGAUUUAGGUGGAUGGAGUAAUCCCAAAAUGGCUGAUUUUUUUGUGGAUUACGCAAGAGUGGCUUUCACCUUGUUUGGCGAUCUUGUUAAAAUAUGGACCACUAUAAAUGAAAUACACAUACAUUGUUAUCAAGGAUACGGAAGAGAUUACUUUGUUCCUGCAAUAAAGUUUAGCGGAGUAGCUGACUACUUAUGUUCUCACAACAUGUUGCUCGGGCACGCUAAAGUAUAUCAUCUCUAUGAUAAAAAAUUCAAGCCUCGCCAAAAAGGCAAAGUUGGUUUAACAUUGGACGCGUUUCACGCCGAUCCUAAAGAUCCAACAAAAGCAGAUGAUCGUGAAGCAGCCGAAAGAUAUCUUCAGAUGACGUUGGGUAUUUACGCUCAUCCAAUCUAUUCGGAAAAGGGGGAUUACCCGGAACUUGUUCGUGAGAGGAUUGAUAACAUGAGUAUUAGUCAGGGAUUUGCAAGAUCACGACUACCAGUUUUUACCCCGCAAGAAGUUGAAAUGGUACGCGGAUCUUCAGAUUUUUUCGGGCUUAACCAUUACUCUACAUUUCUCAUGUCUCUAUCGCGUAUGGAGGAUGGCUGGUCGGUGCCAUCAAUGGACCAUGAUAUUGGAGUCAAAAUGGAACACGACCCAACGUGGCCCACGCCUGGAUCUGAUUGGUUGGCGGUUUAUCCAGAAGGCUUCCGAAAAAUUCUCAAUUGGAUCACAAAGCAAUACGGCACGAAAGUUCCAAUUAUUGUAACAGAAAAUGGAUUGUCUGAUUUUGGAGGACUCAAUGAUUAUGAUAGAGUCUCUUAUUACAAUAAUUACAUGAGUCAACUUCUUUUGGCUAUUCACGAAGAUAAGUGCAAUGUCAUUGGAUAUUUUGCUUGGACUCUUAUGGACGACUUUGAAUGGAAAGAUGGUUUUACGGUGAAAUUUGGGCUUUUCGAGGUCGACUUCAAGAGUCCUAAGAAAACAAGAACACCAAAAUUAUCAGCAAUUAACUUCCGUGAAAUUGUAAGGACAAGAAAGAUAAACCACAACUUCAUUAAAAUACCAAGUUAUAAAUACAAACGGCAGCUAUAACUUUAGUAUUAAAUACUAUUACUUAACUGGUUUGUAGCUAUAUUUAACUAAUGUUGUGAAUAUUGUU